GGGAAGUCGUGGCGGUGGCAGUGGCGGUGGCAGCAGCACAGGCAGCAGAGGCUGCGGCGGUGGGGACACCUGGAGCGCGGCGCUGUCAUUUCAGCCUCGGGAGAAAUGGGAGAACCAGGGUCGGAGAUAAUAGAAUCUGUCCCUCCAGCUGGACCAGAGGCAUCCGAGUCAACCACGGAUGAAAACGAAGAUGACAUUCAGUUUGUUAGUGAAGGACCAUUAAGACCUGUUCUUGAAUACAUUGAUCUGGUCAGCAGUGAUGAUGAAGAGCCUAGCACCUCUCACAGUGAGAGAAUGCCUGAGUCUAAGGUGCCAUCCUCUGAGAAUCAUCGCCCAGAAAUGUGCUCUAGCUUCAGUGUUCCUCUUCCCAUUGGAGACAGCAAUUCCUCCUCUGGGAGUUGCACCAGCAGUCCACAGAGGAUAGUUUCUCAACCUUCUUCUGUUGAGAACUCUUUGGAGAACCAGAAAAGUGAUCAAAAUAAUUCAGACAUUAAGAUCCUUGAGACAGAGGCACUUAAACCAUCACAAAAUUUUCAGACUCUGCCUUCAUCUCCAAUUCUGAUUCCCCAAGAAUCUUUGGCUUCUUCAGAAGUCAAGGAGGACUUACCCGUAGAGUCUUCUUCAGCUUCACAGCAUGGACAGGAUGCCAUCCUCUAUCUCCAGACACAAGUGGCUGAGAUGUCCCGAGUGAUACGUGACCUGCAGUCCAGGAGCUGUUUCAGAUUUCAUCACUCUCGGCCAAGUGAGAACUCAUCAGUUCCUUGGGACAUCUCCAACUCCAAGGAUGAAAAUUUAUCUAUGGCUGAAGAAGAAACUGAGUGCAAAUCCCCUUCAGCUGAGGAAAAAGGGCAACCUGCUGACCCCAGUCAAUCUAGUUUCACAGGUCUUUUGAAGAGAAUGGAACAAAGAGGUGUAAUAAAAAGAGUAACAUUACAGUCUGAAGCAGAAUCAUGUGAAGGGAAACCUGAUUAUGUAACAUCUAAGAAACGUUUGGUUCCUCCACUGCAUCCUCUUUUGAGAAUUGCCACCACUGAAGUUUUUAAAGAUCCUGCUGAUUGCCAUCCUUCUUCCUUCAUGGGGCACAGAGUAUAUCCUGUGGCCAAGGAUACUUCUCCUUUCCAGCCAAAUCCACCAGCGGAAGGCCCCAUUGUAGAAGCAUUAGAACAUAGCAAAAGAGGAAGUACAACAUCUCCUCUAGAUUCUACCUCAAAAGAGAUGGAGAUCAUGGGUUGUAGGUUCUACCAUGCUGCUUCCAUUGCAGCUCGAGCUGCUAGCUACAUGGCUUAUAUGACUCAGUAUCAGCGUAAACUAUGGGAAGAUAUGGAGGAUCUGGUCCAUGACCCUGAGUUUGACCGUGGAAAAGCUAGGUGUAUAAUAUCUGAUGGUAUGGAUGCAGGCCUUUGGCAGCUUUGUACUACUAGAGACAUUAUGGACUCUGUAGUCAGAGUUAUGGCAAUGGCAGUUGACUAUAGAAGGCAAGCCUGGCUCCGACUUACAUCUCUCACUAAGAAAACCCAGGAGAAGAUCUCACACUUGCCCUUUGAUGGUACUUCCCUCUUUGGACAAGAUGUGAAUGCUGUUGUUGCAGAAGAAAAUAAUAUUAAAGAAAAUGACUAUAAAGACCACAACAGAUACUAUAAUCAACAUCGAUACUUUUACAGUCAUGAUCAAAAGACACAUUAUCAUAGUAGAGGAUACUCCAAAGGGGAUUGGUACAAGUCCCGCAACCAUCCCUAUAGAUAUAGAAAAAAGGGAGAAUCUCCAGAACGUCAUGGGUACAAGAAUUAACAACCUCAUUCAUGUUUAGCAGUAGAACCAUUCAGGAGCCUAAUUGUUUCACAUACUCUUAUCCUCUCAAACAGGAUUUGCAGGUAGAUCACCACAGAAACUGAAUGCAUGUCUGGAAUUACCACAGCUAAUACUUGAAUUCCAGACUUUGGGAUGAAGUGUAUAAUAAAAAGGCUCAUAUUUUAUUAGCCAAGUGAGCAGUAGGGCUGGACAAAAGAUUUUCCAUUCUUUCUAGUCCAAAAAUCAGUCCAGAAAAGGAUACUCAGGAAUCUGAAUCUGCCUGUGAUAAACUUUGUUCGUCAGGACCAUCUUUCUGGUAAACUGGGGACUAGCAGAUUAUAGAUCUGGAAAUAACCUACAACAGGCUUAUUUACUAACACAAGAAGUAAAUCCUUUGUUUUCAGGCCACCAGUGCUUCCUUGUUCAGGCUUAAGCUUGUCUGAUCGUCACAAAGUUACCCAUCUGUUACAAUCUCUUUAUGUCUGGAUGACCAUUCCAUCAAGAGCCAAUACUAAUUUCAGGCUCCAUAAGACUUCAGAAUCCUAUAUAAAGCUCUGUCAAGAACUGGAAUUCACAUCAUAUUUUGCCAAAUCCAGUUUGCUUCCAGUGGAAUGACUAUAUGUCACACACGUUUUCUGUGGACACCAACUGGAAAAAGACUGCUUCUUGAAACAUCAUUGUAAAAAUUUUCAUAGCAACUCUUUAUCGAGACUAAUGGCUGCUGUAUUAUCACCACUCAAAGCUACAUGUGGUAGAACUUCACUGUUAAUCCAAACAUUUGGUCUGUCAAGCUCUCUUAAUAAUAUCAGUGUGCUGUGAGAUGCCAAAAUGGUGGUCUCAGGAUAAUCUAGGCCUUUCACCAAGAUGACCUUCUUAAAUGAACUUAUCUUCUUAAUCAGCCAACUUUUUUGAGCUUUAUAAUUCAUUAUUCUCAAAAUAAAAAAAUAAAAAAAACAAAAAAACCACACACAUUAGUGCUCUGAAAAUAGAGGAUAUUAUACCAUCCGGGCAUGCAAAUCUAAACUCUUAAAAGAACAAGAAUUCUAAACAUGCCUGACAAUCUGAUCCUCUUAUGUAAUAAAGAAAGAUGCUAUUUAUCUAGAUGUUACUGAGAAAUCUUAAGGGAUUUUAGAGUAUAAAUGUAGAUAUAGCCAAAAACAACCUUGCAUAGUUACAUUUUUGGAUAUCUUUUUAAAAGAUAUCCAUUAAUUUCUUGGCAGUCUGAAAUCAGAACAUCAGUGACAUAUCUUGGUUUGUUGGUCCGUUAAGUCUAGUCAGUCUCUUACUGUGAGAGAUGACUUAACGUUUUGCUCCUGGUUGGUUCCAGUAAUUCUAGACUAGAUUAUGUGGGAACUAAUGCAGAUACCUCACUUAAUAUGCCUCAUAGUAUCUUUUUUAAUCUCAAGGCAAUGGCUGUAUGACAUAACAGCCCUUAGACUCUUGUUUUUGCAGUGUGACUUCAGAAAAGGAGAAAAUGCUAAGUUUGAGGGGUCUGAAGUACAUCACAUAGUAGUAUUUGCUUCGUAGCCAAGAAACAACCAAAAUAAAUGAAAUACAUUAUUUUGUUGACUUUUUGGUUUUUCAAAUAUCUUCAUUUUAAAAAGUCUUGAUCAAAGUAUUUUGGGUUGGCUACUAGUGGAAUAUAACUUUGUUUAGUGUCCAUAUAGUUCCUCGCCAUAGUUUUUGCACAGUGGUGAUUAAAAUUUUUCCUGGUGCCCUCUCUGAACUGGUUAAUGGUUUUAUUGUAAGCUCAUUCUCCCUAUCAUAACUGUAUUCAGCAUUCUUCAUUCCUACUUCAUUUCCCUAUUUGCCUUUUUUGAUAGAGAUUGAAGAUGCGAUUUUCCCUAAUUGGCAGCAGUUAUUAAAAUUUGUCAUAAUUUCAGGGUAUUCUGUUUAACUUAUUUGUAGACUAAGUAUAAGCUGUAUAAUAAUAGAGGGUAUUCUCUUGGAAACUUGACUUAGUUAUAUUUAGGGUUAACAUUUACUUUCUAUGUUUUCCAUAAAAUUUGCUUAUACUCUGUGCAUAGAUGCCAGUAUUCUAGAACUCAAGCAUUGGAUAGCCACCUGAAGAGAAACCCAGGCCUAAGAAAUCAGACUGAGAAACUUGUGGUUUAUAAUGUGUAUUUUACCGGUUGUAUAUGCUCAUAUGCCUUUGGUAAGACACUAUAGUUUCUUCUGGAAAAGUACUAGCCAUGACAGAAAUCACUAUAGAGAGAGAGAGAGAAAGAGAGAGACUGAGACCAUUAGUAUGACUUGGGUAUAGAUGUUCCUAAUUAGAUAAGACUACUUCAUAUUCCUCCUCCUUUCCCAGUCUCCCUUUCCUUCCUUUUUAAAAUACUCAAUCACAGACUUAAUAACUUUUGACAUACUCUUUCCAAAAAUCUUCACAACAAUAAGUGAUGCUUGGAGAUGUGAUUCCCUGAAAUUUUUUGACACUAUACUUUAUAUAUAUACUCCUUGAUUUUUAAAAAUUUCAAUUGUGAUUUAAAUCAGAACCAAAAUUUGCCAUUUUAAUAACUUUAACUUUAUAGUUCAGUAGUGUUAACUGUUUAUUGUUGUGCAGAUCUUCGUUAAAUAUUUAUAAAGAUAGCAUUGUUAUCCUCUUCCUUAUAUGUUAUGUUGCUCAGUAGUAGCAGAUAAUAUUGCUAUUCUCUAAUGAUGUCUAAGCAUCUUCAGAGAAAAAUGAACAUUAAAAAUUGUUGAAUAUGUAGGCAGUUGAAUUAGGGAUAGGAAUAGUGCAGUAGAAUGAGAAUACUUUCAAGCUAUUAGUUUCUUAACUGCACGAGAAAUAAGUGUUUAACCUGUUUUAUUAUUAUUUAAAAUUUUUUUCUCUGGCAUACUUGAAUGAUGACUGUGUUAAGAAAUUAAAAACUGGGACUUGAACUUGGGAGACAACCCCAGUAGUGUUUGGUACUUGUAAUUUAUCAGAUAAUAAAUCUUUGUGUGCAGAGCCUGCAACAAAAUUCUCAAAUAGACCACCUUCUUAUGAUUAAAUACUUCUAGGUUUUCUAAGAGGCCUUGGAAUAAUCUCAAGUUUAAUAAUGAUUUAGUAUUCUUAAAAGAUGCAUCUUCAUAGUUUUUUCUUCAUUUCUUGGUUAGAUAAAUAUGAUUUUAUAGUUACAAUGUAUAGAGAAAUACUGUUUGUAUUAAUUGUUAAAUGAAGUGCCUUUUGAAAUUUUACAGUUUAAAAAACAUUUUGAUGUCUUACAUAUGUUGCUGAUAUUUAUGUAAAUUCUGUACAGUAAUUUUUAAUUCUAUAGUUUGUUCAUCAUCUGUCCAAUUGCACUAUUUAAAUGUACUCUUCUUCUGAAAAUUAUUUUUUUUCUUUAUAGCAUUGUUUCAUUUCAGAAGAUUGUAGAGUAUGUCCCUUUCCCCUUUAUUUAAAAAAAAGAAAACUUAACAGUAGUGAUUUUUUUUAGUUAUAUUUUGUUUCUAAUUAUUAGCUUUUUUUCUUUUUACAUUUUUAAAAAAAUAUUUUAUUUAUUUUAUUAAUGAGAAAGAUUGGAGCAAAGAGAGAAAGAGCCAGACUUCACUCUGGUACAUGUGCUGCCGGGGACUGAACUCAGGAUCUCAUGCUUGAGAGUCUAGUUCUGUAGCCACCGCGCCACCUCCCGGACCACAUUAGCAUUGUUUUCUGAGCAUUGAAGAAGCUGUGUUUUCUCUCAGCAUGUUUUAAGUUUGCUUGCUUAGGUCUACCUUGUUUUCAGCCAUGGUAACACAACCUAUAUUUGAUAAGUAAGUUUAUGUGGUAAGAAGAAACAAAAAAAUGUUAGGAUAAAGCAGUAAAUUUGCUACAUUUUAAAGAAUCUGUGUGAUAGCUUUUUUAUCAGUGUAAUUGCACUUAAACUUAGUUUUUGUUUUGCUCUGUCACAACUUCUUGAUCAGGAUAAUUCCAUUACCUACUUAGUCCUCAAAAUGAUGUUUUGAGGGAACCAUAAGCUCUUUCAGGCUACUUGGAUACUAUUUAGUAUUUUUAAUAUUAGUAAUAUACUAGUAAUUUACUGAAUGAUACCGAAGUGACCUGAUUGAUAAUGUCCUUAAGGGCCCAAUAAAUACAUCCAGGAUAACCUCUCAGGUACUGUAAACAAGGAGGUUGGAAUAGACACAAUCCAGAAUCCCUUCUAGCUAUAAAUACUGGAUACUAAUAGGGGUGAACAUAGCUAAAUAACAUUUAGAACACAUUCAGUGUUCUUGAGGAAAUAAUUAAUUGGGAUUCUUAUGGUUAGAAAUUAUGGAUUAUCUCUUUGUAGAACUAGUUUAAAGGUUGCAAUAAUUGAGAACUUUUUUAAACAAGCAUAUUUUGCCCCAGAUUUGCACUGUUUAGGUACCCUUGGCUUUUGAAGUUUACUCAUUCUUCAUUUCUGUUAGUGGCUAGUAAUUGUCAUAUUUUUAUGCGACUCAUACUUUCAAAUCUGUUUACCUGUUCCAUUCAAUAAUAGUUUUUCAUUAAUAUAUGCACAAAACAGUCAAUUCUAAGGUUUUGGCAUAAUAUAUAGGUGGAAAUUAUCAGUAAACUGAUGAUAACCACUGUCUUAAAACACAAACCCUUUCAUGAUUUUUUUCAGCUAUCAUAAUGAGUUUUCUAAUCCAUUAAAAUGUUAAAUGUUCUUUUGUAGAAUUUCCCGUGGGUGAAUUAUGAGAGUAUUGUUUUCACUAAGUUGUUUUUCUCUUACUGAUUAGUGAGGUGAUGUUUUAACUUUAUAUUCUUGACUUUAUAGUAUGAAAACCCUUUUAUAGUAGUGUUUGGUACCAUUGAGAUAUCUUAUUACCAGAAAUUGUUUGCUCCCAAUGGACUAUAUCUGGAAGUGAACACAGUCCAGCCGUGUCCUUUUGAUGCUAGUACAUUAUUGCAUUCUUUGUAUUGAUCUUUUCUUUGCCUGUAGGUAACACCUUUUUUUAGAAGACUAUUUGAUCUUCCCUUAAUCUCUUUGAUGUAGAUCAUAUUUCUUAAUCAGCAAUACUACCCAGAAUUUUAAUGUGGCUUUGUAUUUGUAAAUACAACAUUAUUGAAAGUGAUUUCCCAGAUUUUUUCUUAUAAAGUCCUUAAAAAAAUAGUGACGAGUUUAGUUUCUCAAAUGAUUCCUAGAUUAUUAACGACCAUAUUAUUUACUAUCAGUAGUUUUCUACAUAUUCUUCACACAAAUGUAUUAGUACAUACAGUUUAUAGUCAGGGGCAUGUUUUUCUCAUGAGCAGUUUUUAAAUAAAUCUUCAUUAUUUUAUUUUACCAGAGCACUGUUCAGCUCAGGCAUAUGGUGGUGGAGAGAUUCAACCCGGGCCUUGGGAGCCUCAGACAUGAGGGUCUCUUUAUAUAACCUUUAUGUUAUCUCCCUUACCCUCUUAUAAUACUGUUCUGGCAUAUAUUGUAUUUAAAAAUUAGUUUACUGUAGGUCUCAAGGACUUUAUUGGUUUUGUUGAGGUAGCUGUCUGUUUCAAAUAACCUAUUGGCUUUUCUGAUGCCUUGUUAAGAAUUCAGCAAGAGUUCUCAGGUUGUAUUUAAUUUUAAGGCUUUUGUGCUCUCAUUAAAUUAUAUUGAGUAUUUUAGUACUCAUGAAUAUAAUUACUUGGUAGAAGUUAAAAGUAAUUUAUAUGUGGUGAAAUUUUUAAAAGACUUCUUUGAUUUUAAAUAUUUCAAGUGUUUCUGUCUUAUAAAUUCUGUUUGUAAAACUUUCAUAUGCUGUUUGUAUCACAUAAGUCAUCAUGUCAUCAUAUGCUUUCUGUUUUCUCUCAUAAUUAAGAACGACAAUCACAGUAUUCAGCUUUGAGGGAUAUAGUUAGCCUCUUGGUUAUUCCCUCUCUUAAUCUGUGACUGCUGUUUUAUAUCAUUUUGAGUUAUAAUGUUAAAAUAAGUGUUAUGUUUUUGAUUACUUUAUAUACUUUUAAGUCUGUGAGGUUAUAGUGAUGAUGAUGGUAACAGGGAAACAUUUUCAAAUCAGUAAAUACAUUUUUAGGUUUUCAGUUCCUUUUUUUCUAGAUCUAAUUAAAUUUACUGCUUAUAGGUCUGUGGUCCAUUGUUUUCUGCAUUGGGUAGGAUAUAGUUAACUUGUAAUCAGUCUCAUGUAUACGUAUAUGUAUAUAUAUAUUUUUCUUUAAUGGCUUAUAACAUUUACUGGUUUGAUUUUUGCAAAACUAUAUUUUGACAGAUUUUAGAAGCACUUAGCCUUGGGUCUUGUUGUCUUCCUGCCUGGGAGAGAAAUAUUACAAAGUUCUAGUAAAUAUGCAACAGUUAAAAAAUAUUUAAGCUUUAUUUAUCAAUGACUGAGAAUCAGUACACCAGUCUAGCACAUGUGAUGCUGCGACUCAUACUUUCAAAUCUCCCAGGUUGCUAUGCAAGGCAUUCUUGAGGUAGAAAUUCAUUCUUAUUUUAAAGAUGAGGAAAUGAACUUAUCAUUAUUUGCUCAAGCUGUGGAACUGAGUUCUGAAUAUAGAUGUCACCUCUCUGAUAAACUAAUUUGGCUCAUACUUACUUGUACUCUUUUUCUGUAUAAGUACCGUGUGCUAACCGAUUGUGCCAUUGGAGCUCCAACUUGUACUCUUUUUCUUUCCUUAACUUUGUGUCUACAGUUGUAUCCUCAUCCCUUAAGGUCUUGUAUUAAUGCACACUCAUGUUUUAUAUAUACAUGUGUGUGUGUUCACUAUGUAUAACUUGUAUUAUCUAAUUCCUGGUUAUCUCACUUGUCAGAUCAAACACCUCUUAGUUCUUCCAUUGAUCUUUCAUGCUAGAUUCAGAUUAUUCUUGAUGCAUAAUUUGCUUUAUUUUAUAUAUCAUUCAUUUUUAGUGCAUUCAUUUUGAGAAUUAAUUGAGUAGUAGUUCUUAUGAUUUUUUUAAAUUCUACCUGUUUUAACACACACACACACACACACACACACACACACACACACACACACACACACCUUGAUCUGAGUGUUAUUCUCAGAAAUUCAGUUUCCUUGUUUUAGGUGAUCUAUAGGAUGAUGCUCAGAAGCACUUUGAAAACUGGAAAGCUCAGUGCAGGCUUUAUCUCCCUCACCCCCUUCUAGGACCUUGCACCUGUACAAUUCCACUGCUUCCAGUGGCCUUUUUAAUUACACCCCCCUUUUUUUUUUUAAUAAAAAGCACGUUUCCUGUUUCAAGCAGAAAAAGGAAGAAAGAGUGAGGAAUAAAGGAGAGACAUAACAGUACCACUUCAAUGCUCAUGGAACUUAUACAUGGUGCUCCUUUGUAGUGCUGGGGGCUGGACUUUGAGUUCUUGUGCAUGGUAAAAUGUGCAUCUGUUGGAUGAGAUAUUUUCCAGCCCCUCAGUACAGAUUUCUUUAGUAGUUUUUUUUUUUUUAAUCCACAGUGGUAGAUUUCUUAGAAUUGUGGAGUACUGGGUAGAAAUAAAGAUACGCUUAAAAGAUGUAUUCAGUAGCAUGUAACGAUUUAUUUCGUAUUAUCUAAUCAUAUCCAUUUGUUUAUAUAUAUUUUUUAAAGGCUGAACUAUUAAGCUAUAUUGCAAGCUGGUCUAAGUGUUGAAGGUUAUUUGAAGCAAAAUAAUACCAAGUGCAAGUCAAGAAAUGUUCAUAAUGAUAAAAGAAUAUAGAAUAAAGGGCUAGGGUAUAUAGAUACUUGUAUUUGUCAGGUCAGUCUGUUAGAAAUGAUCUUUUCAUCUGUCAAACAUUUUUUUCGAUACCCGGUGCAGGUGGGUAGUCAUUGAGGAAGGUCUGGAGAUACUGAGAGAUAAUGCUAUACUCUUUAGGGAGAAAUAAGUACUAAUAAAAUGUACUUGUCUUAUUGAGGUUAAAACAAAAGAGAGAGCCAAGGAGAGAGGUCAGGAAAGCUUUCUUAUUAAAAUCGCUUGAACUAAGGUUUAGGAGAUGACUCAAAGAAUUGGACUAAGGAGAAACAGAAGCCAGGCAUCCAGGUGAAGGGAUCUAUGUUAACAGUAAAGGGAAUAUUAUGCUUUUUGUUUUCGAGUUAUAAGGAACAACCUUUGUGAGAAUAUAUUUUAAUUAUUCAUUAGAAGAUACUUGUUUCUACCUGUUAAACAUGUACUAAGUUUGUGUAUCUAUUACUUGUAAGGUUAUAGAAGUAGUUUCUCUUGAGGUUGGUUUCUGCUGUAUUCCACUAUGAACAUCUAGAGCAUUUCUUUUUCUUGGAACUGAGCCACAGGAGGGCUCUCAUCAGUAAUCCUCUUGCCCCAGAAACAGCACAAAUAGUGAAAAAGAACUGAGAGAACAACUUAGAAAAUGAACAUGAUGAUGCCGUUAAAGUAGAUGUGACAUCCCAUUAUGGGUAUGCAAAUAUCUACCUCUGGAUCACCUAUUGGCAGUGCAUUCUCUGUAUAGUUCAAUGUGACUAAUUUUCUUGUGUCUUAGUUUACAAAUGAAAUAAGGUUGAAUUUGGGUAAAGGAGGCUAUUUCUAAGAGUUUGGAGGUGUAUAUAGUUAAGACCUGUGAACCUUAUGCCAAUGGCAUCUACAGUAACAGCCCAAACACAUGUCACCUGUUUUUGCUCUGGUUUGAGUUCUUUCCUUUCCUUUGUCACUCUUAAUCUUUGUCUCUGCUUAAUACAUAACAUUCUGUUAGUGGCACUGAGGGUUAAAAAAUUAUUAUCCUUUGCUUUAUUUCAGCUUCAUUUUCAGAGAAAUUAAAAAUUUCUCUUAAAUUAUAAGGUUGCAUAUUUCUGUUUAUUUAUUUGUCCUGUUCUGAAAAAGAAAGUAAUUUUUUGUUCUUAGAAGGAAAUUUUAUAUAUGACAAUAGCAAUUUACCCAAAAGACAAUACGGGAAGCAUUUCAUUUCACAGGUUUAAUGGUACUAGCCUUCUUAACUGAGUAAAAUACAGAACGGGGCAUAUCUGUAUGUAUGUUUGUUUAUAUGAAGCAGAUGUUCUGUGUACUUUGUAUUUGUAUACUAUAAAACACUUGAGGGUGGGAAGGAGACUGCUUUGUACAAAAGGGUUGUUUUCUGCUUCCAAUACUUUGCUGCUGGAGAUGGUAAAUAAAUAUUGUACUGCUUUGCUGUGUUUA